CCAAUCCGCCAUUAAACACAAAGAAGAUUGUGGAGAAGAAGAUGAUGGAGGAGCCUUGUCCUUCGUUUUUUCGUGGGUUUCUGACACCAGAGCAGCGGUUCGGCUUAAUGAAGCUUUUGGAUAGAAACAGCAGCAGUAGGGAAGCUCUGGAAAGACGAGUUACGGUUAGAAGCUGAGCUGGAUCUGCUCGGUAACUGUUGGAAAAGUUCGGAGGGAGAAAAGCUACCAGAGAUGUGGAGACAGCAGGACAAACAGCGACCUGAGGCUGCAGAGGAGCAGGACGCGGAUUAUAACCCGUUAGACCGGCUGCACAGAUUGGUGUUCCCUGAAGAUCUUCAUCAAAGGGUGCUGGUUAAAGAAGAAGCUCCAGAAACGUGCAGUUCUGAUGAGGAGCAGCUGGAUCCACAGCCCGUCCACAUAAAGGAGGAACAGGAGGAACUGUGGAUCGAUCCAGAGGGCGAGCACGUUGACGAGAGUGACGACACUGAUACCAGCAGUUUUCCAGUCAUUAAAGUCAUAGUAAAAAGUGAGGAUGAGGAAGAGGACGGAGAUCUCCCAAGCAGCAGCUCAGUUGAGCACAAGAAACCAGAGACCGAUAACGAAGAACGUGAAGCCAGCAAGCACCCAAACACUCUGGUUCGCGUUCUCAACUCCACAGAAGCUGAGAUGAGUGAUGAAGAAAAGGAUGGUGCAAAGAACCCUGACUUUAAGGUGUCAGACCGUGGUCCUGAAAACUCAGACAUAAGGACCAAGUGGAAGGAGAGCGGUACUCCUGAGUCAGCCGGAAGCACCGUCAGCCGAAAGUGUUUCAUCUGUGACGACUGCGGUAAAACCUUUAAGAAGAAACAUUAUCUAAACGAACACAUCAGGAGCCACACAGGAGAGAGACCAUUCGGUUGUGAUGUUUGUGGACAGAGGUUUAGUCUGAAGAAAUGCUGGAACGUCCAUGUGAGGAACCACUCCGGAGAGAAACCGUUUUGUUGCGAUGUUUGUGGUCAGAGGUUCAGUCUGAAGAGAACCUUGAGCGAUCAUCUGAGAAUCCACACAGGGGAGAAACCCUUUGGUUGUGACGUUUGUGGCCAGAGCUUUAGUCUGAAAAAGACCCUAAAUGAUCACCUGAGAAUCCACACGGGACUGAAGCCGUUUAGCUGUGACGUCUGUGGGCAAACCUUCAGCCUUAAGACCACUUUAAACAGACACAUCCAGAUCCACACAGGACAGAAAGCAUUCCGCUGCGACCUCUGUGGACAAAGGUUCAGACAAAAGUCCACUUUAAACCGACACAUGACAAUCCACACAGGACAGGAGACCUAUCCCUGUGAAGUUUGCGACCAGAAAUUUGAGCGAAAGACGCAUCUAAACAUUCAUAUGAGAGUCCACGCAGGUCAGCAGCCGUUCUGCUGUGACGUCUGUGGACAAAGGUUUGACCGAAAGUCCAAUUUAAAAAUACACCUGAGAAUCCACACAGGUCAGAAACCGUAUUGUUGUGGUUUCUGUGGACAAAGAUUUGGCAGGAAGUCCAAUUUAAACAGACACAUGAGAAUCCAUACAGGAGAGAAAUCUUUCAGUUGUGAGUUUUGUGAACAGAGGUUCAGCCUAAAGACGAGUUUGAAUGAUCACCUGCGAAUCCACACGGGAGAGAAACCAUUUUUUUGCGAUGUUUGUGGUCAAAGGUUUCGCCAAAAGUCAACUUUGAAUAUUCAUAUGAAAAUCCACACAAGACAAAAGUAGUUUCCUGUCUUUGAGCCAACUAAUUUAGACUGAUUUGAUCCAGGCAGUGAAAUAGCAACCACUGUUUCUGGAAUGCCGCAGUACAUCUGGACAUGGAAAAGGCAGACACAAUUCUGUAAAGUCCCUCUAUGUGUGGAUGUUUCCUACACAACGCAAUGUCCAGAUACUGACCUAGCGGUUUGAUGUUUUUGUAACAUUCCUCUGUAUCAGAAAACAGAUAUAGCAGACAGAUGUUUUUAUAACAUUGUUCUAUAUCCAGAAAUGGACGUAACAGCCAGAAGUUUCUAUAACGUCAACCUAUGUCCGGACAUGGAUGCUGAAGCUGGACGUUUCUGUAACUUCACUCUACGUUCAGACAGUGAUGUACCAGCCGUUGUGGAUCUAACAUCGCUCUACAUUCAGAUACGGACGUAGCAACUGAUGUUUCUAUAAUGUUGCUCUAGGUCAAGACACGGACAUGGCAGCCGAUGUUUCUGUAAA